CUCUCCUGGGCUGUGAGCACAGUGUGAGACACUCACGAUUGCUCAAGUUAUUAAGUGACUCUAGCCAGUGCUCUUUUCCUGUAACCUUUGAAAACAUAUUAUUUUCUUAGCAUUUAGGAGAUCUUAUUUUUCAAGCAAAACAACAGCUGCUUGCUGAAGGUCUGAAGACCUGGACUAUUGUUGAAGACAGUUCCAGGGAGGCUCACCCAUAACGUGAGAAAUGGUGAAUCAAUACAAAAAAAUUGUUCUGCUGAAAGGAUUAGAGGUCAUCAAUGAUUAUCAAUUUAGCAUGCUUAAGUCCUUACUGGCCAAAGAAUUAAAACUGACUAGAAAAAUGCAAGAUGAAUACAACAGAAUUAAAUUUGCUGACUUGUUGGAAGACAAGUUCCAAAGUGAUGCUGGAGUGAGCAAACUGAUCACGGUGUUCAAAGACAUACCAACACUUGAAGAACUUGCUGAAGACCUGAAAAGAGAGAAGAUGAAAGUAAAACAAAAAACCCCAGUGAAAAAGAAGCAAGAAGUAGGUCCUGCAACACCGACAUCGAUCUCAGGCAGCACAGUGAAGACUCCUGAAGCUCAGAAAAGAAAAACCACAAGCUUAGGAAAGACUGAAACUAAAAAGAAUAAGAUUUCUGGAAUCAAAAGGAGUAAGAAGUCUGAAGAGCAGAUUCUUCCUUCCUGUCCUGCAGAAGCCAGCAUGUCCACCAUCAUGGACCAUUUUCCGCCUGCCCAGAUGCUGGCAUCAACUCCAUCCAGAGCUUCCUCAACAGAGAAUCAGAAAACUCAGGCUCAAUGUCAUUCAGCUUCCAGAAGAAACAUCCUCCACAAGGACCCAAUGACAGUGUUGGUGCUGAAAGCAACAGACCUGUUUGAAUAUGAGUCUGAGGAAGAGGGAAAAAGCAAAAUGUUCCAUGCUACAGUGGCUACUGAGACUCAGUUUUUCCAAGUGAAGGUUUUCAGCACCAACCUGAAAGAGAAAUUUACAAAAAAGAAGGUUAUCACUAUCUCUGAUUACUUUGAGUGCAAAGGAAUCCUGGAGGUAAAUGAAGCAUCAUUUGUGUCCGAAGUUGGUCUUGACCAAAAGAUCCAGGUCCCCAACAGUGUGAUCAAGAGAGCAAAUGAAACUCCCAAGAUUGAUCAUCUUCAUAAGCAAGCACCAGGAACAUUAGUGUAUGGGUUGUUUAUGCUACAAAAGAAAAAAGUGAAUAAGAAGAACACAAUCUAUGAAAUACAAGAUAAUACAGGAAAGAUAGAUGUGAUAGGGAAUGGAAAAUGGCACAAUAUCAAGUGUAACGAAGGAGAUAAACUUCGACUCUUCUGCUUCCAGCUGAGAACAAUUGACAAGAAGCUGACGCUGGUGUGUGGAACUCACAGUUUCAUUAAGGUCACCAAGGCCAUAAAGAACAAGAGACCAUGCAAUGCUAAUUUAAGCCUGGACAUUGAAGUACAGAACCUCCCAAUAAAUCAAUUCAGUGUCUUCAGCAGUGAUAUGAUUAAAGUUGAGACUUUCAUGUAAACAAUAGCUUCAGUAGUUAUACCUAAGCAUACUAAAAAGUUUUACAUUUGAAUUAUGUUAACUUUCUUUUAUAAAACUCGCUUGCUAUUCUCCUUUGUCUAAAACUACUAUUUUCAUUUAAAAUACUCAUAAUGUAAAAUUUUAAAUAAAAAAAUCUUUAAAAGGAUAUCUUUCCCCAAAAGUGCCAGAAAUAUUCUCUCUAAUGCAAAAGUGCAUUGCUUGAAUGUGGUUGAUUUGUGUGCUGUAAGGCACGCAGGGUGGAACACAGGUUAUCAGCAUUGGGGUCUGCAUUCUGAUUGUGAUUUUCAGGGCUAUUCCUAAGUUUAUUUAAGUUAGGCAAGAUUGUACCCUGAGAAAGUAUUCUGUUGAUCAAAGAAUAGAAUUUAGGUUUCACAAUUAAAUCUACUCUACAUGACAGUAAGUAUUGUCUAUAAAAAUUAAAUGUAUAAAGUCAAUGUUUAA